GCGACCAUGAUCCGAGCGAACUACUUCGAUCUACAGCUCCUAUCGACAUCAGGCCCUAGCUACGUACCAAAGCACAUUAUUCCCAAGAAAAAAGGUCCAAACGCAAUGCUUGGAGAUGUCUUUGCACUUUUCAAACUUUGUUGACAGCUUAACGUAUCCACGACAAUCUACUGGUGCUGAUGGUUGACUGCCAUUGGACAAGUAAUCAAGCUGGGAACGAUAGCUGUUUAUGUUUAACUCCACCGUAGGAACGCGCAUCUCACAUCGUCCUCCACCUAAUCUCGCCAUCUUCUAUCAACCUUUGCGAUGUUGUCUUUGCUUGUCACGUACAGGGCGCGAGCGACCCCAAUGUUAAGCCACGCCCUGCGCAUGACAACCAUAUCCUAAGCACUCAUAAUAAGCUUUAGGUCUUCCGGACACGGAAAUCAUCAUACUCAGAAUUACACUGUAACCCUCAUCUCUCUGAUCUCUCUAAUCAUUCUCCUUCUUAACAAUCAUGGCCGACCAAGAUCACCAAACCCAAACAAUCAUCAUCGGCGCAGGUAUAGUAGGCUCAUCACUAGCCUACUUCCUCUCCAAAGCCUCGCCGGAAACCAAUAUCCUCGUCCUUGACCGCUCUAUCAGCGAUAUCGUGGGCUCCACCGGCUAUGCGCCAGGCUUCAUAGGUCAAUACAACGAAAAGCCCUCUUUGACAAAACUCGCUAUCGACUCGGUCAAAGAGUACACUAAAUUGAACACUGGAUUCUCCCGCGUCGGAGGGCUUGAAUUGGCGUCUACAGAUGCAGGCAUAAAGACUUUGCAAUCUAGACUUGAUGCUAGCGAAAAGGUCGGACUUCCAGCUCGUUUGCUCGACGAGACUGAAAUUGUGAAGUUGGAACUUCCGAUCGCUGGCUCAAAUGCUGGCACAAAAGCGUUGUUCUUUCCCGAUGAUGGUGUUGCGGAACCUAAGGUGUUGUGUUCUGCCUACCGGAGCAUGGCUUCUGAGAACCGUGUUCGGUUUCAAGAAGCUUCUGUUUCGGAGAUCGUGAUGGCAGGUGAUGCUGUUACAGGAGUUCUUUUGGACAGUGGAGAGACCAUCUCAUGUUCAAAACUCGUACUCGCGACUGGUAUCUGGACAGCCUCACUUCUCCAAAAGUCAUCCGAUAUACCUUCUGUACCCGUGGUGCCAGUCAGUCACCCUUACAUCUACUCAAAAGACAGAGAUCACGAAGUUUCUCCCACACCAUUCAUGAGAUGGCCCGAAUCUCACGUCUACGCUCGCGAUCACGGAGCUAGAUAUGGCGUAGGAACCUACGACCACACGCCGCAACAUGUGUCUUCUCCUGGCCAUACCGCAACAGUGCCUUGGCAAGAUGAGCUUUUCAAUCCAGCCGUGACGCGAGCGAUUGCAGAUAGAUUCAGCGCCGACGCAGAAUUUACCAAACAUCCACCUUUUGGAGCUGAGAAGAUUGGAGGUGUGUUCUCGGUGACACCUGACAACAUGCCUUUGCUUGGUCCUGUGGCUGGUGUUGAAGGGUUGUGGAUAGCUGUGGCGAUUUGGGUCACGCAUGCUGCCGGAUGCGCGAGAUUGCUCGAGAAGAUGAUUUUAGGAGAGGCCUAUGAUGAGGCCAUCGCUAGAGAUUUACAUCCUGGGAGAUUUGAGGGAAGGAGUGAGGAGGAACUGGAAGUCACUGCGCUGAAGCAGUACAAUGAUAUUUAUAGUACCGAUUGUUGAGCAGAUGAGUUGGUGUAUGAUAACCUACGCAGGACCAAAGCUGC